AUGAAGGUUGCAGCGUUCCUUGUCGCGCUGUGCGCUUCUCUCGCCAGCGCUGCUGUCGUCAAGACGCCCGUGUUCGACAACCAAAUCGUCCCAAACCAGGGCGAUGACUGUGCUUUGGGUGUGACCACGCCUCAGGGCUGCGCGCCCCGUCGUGGAGGUGCACCUCGGAACACUGCAUAG